CGCAGAGCGCAAGCGCAGAGUCGUUCGGCGCGAGUUCCGAGUGCGCCCCCGCCAGCAGCGCAAGCGCACAGGGAAGGAAUGCCGGACGGCGCAGCCACCUCGGUCCCGGGCCUCAUCCGGCUGCAGCCGAGCUCCGUGCGAGCCGUGUCGCCGACGCCUCUGCACCUGCUGCCGUGCGAGAUCAAGCAUGACGGGCCCGCCGCCAUCAAUCGCUUCUUCAGCCCGGCUAUUCGGCCGGGGCCCUCAGGGCCAGUGGUAUCCUUCAGGGGCCGCAGCCUGCAUGGAGAAGAGGUGGCGCUGCCCUCGGGCUACGCGGGGCUGGUGCUUCGGGAAGAAGACAGGCCUGACGGCCCAGAGGAUCGGACCAUCCAGGCCAUUGGCACCUUCAGCGGCUUUACCCUUUGGGGCCUGGAGACCCCACCAGGGCCAGAUGCCAGGAUGCAUGGAGCCCUGAGCUGGCCCAGCCUGGCCACUGCUAUCCAUGCGCCCGUGGCUGAAGACGACUGAGACGGCGGCUCUGGAGCCCAAACUCUGUGUCCAACUCCUUCCCCCCCAAGAAAAUAAAGUCUGGAAAUUAUG